AUGAGUGGUAUCAGCUGUAAUGGAGAGAACUUGAGUCAACUUGAGUUCAACUUCAGCACAUCUCAUGUGAGAUAGCAGUGCAACAGCUCAUCUUACCUCAACUUCAUGUGAGAUAACAGUGCAACAACUCAUGUUCCCUCAACUUCAAGAGAGAUAACAGUGCAACAGCUAGUCUCACCUCAAGUUCAAGAGAGAUAUCACUGCAACAGCUCAUCUUCUCUCAACUUCAGGUGAAACAUCACUGCAACAGCCCAUCUUCCCUCAACUUCACAUAA